AUGCAGGAUGUCUGGAUGGCUUGCAAGGCUGAGGAGAUCCAAGGGUACGCGGAUCGCAACGAAUGGAAAUAUUCCUUCUCCACGAUCAGGGCUACCUACGGUCUCACAACCAAAGCAAAUGCCCCUAUUCUCAGUGCCGACGGCGGUACCCUACUCACCGUGAGGAUAUCAAUUCUACAGAGUUGGGCCGAGCAUUUCAGAGGCGUCCUCAAUCAUCCUAUCAUCAUCUUCGACACCGCCAUCGCCCAUCUGCCUCCAGUGGAGACCAACGCCGAUCUCCACCUCCCGCCCUCUCUCCACAAAACCAUGAGGGCCGUACAGUUGUUCUCCAGCGGGAAGGCGUCCGGAUCGGACGUGAUCCCUGUUGAGAUAUACACGCACGCUGACCCCCAACUCAUGGAUCAUCUGACAGCGCUCUUCCAGGAAGUGUGGCUUCAAGGAGAAGUCUCGUAGGAUUUUAACGACUCCACAAUCGUCCACCUCUAUAAGCGGAAAGGUAAUCGCCAGCUCUGCGACAACCAUCAAGGCAUUCCAUGUUGAACAUCACCGGGGAAAUCUUCGUUCGCAUUCAUUUCAACCAUCUGAACAACCAUCUAGAACAGGGUCUCCUGCCGGAAAGCCGGUGCAGCUUCCGUCGUCAUCGUGGGACUACCGAAAACUGCAGAAGAAGUGUCAGGAGAUGCGGACCCACCUCCACUCUACCUUCGUGGAUCUGAAGAAAGCCUUCGACACAGUGAAUCGUGAAGGACUCCGGAAGAUCAUGCAGAAAUUUGGCUGUCCCGAACGAUUUUCUCAGAUGGUGCGUCAGCUCCACGAUGGCAUGAUGGCGCGAGUCACGAACAACGGGGUUGUCUCAGAGGCAUUCGCGGUGGCCAACGGAGUAAAGCAGGAAUGCGUCCUGGCGCCCACCCUCUUCAGUUUUACGUUCUCUGCCAUGCUACUGGACGCCUACCAUAACGAUCGCGCCGGGAUCCGUGUCGCCUACAGGACGGAUGGCCAACUCUUUACUCAGUGGCGGAUGCAGUUCCAGUAG